AUGUUGGACUGCACGCCUUACGCGAGGAGACAAGCAGGUUCGCAAACCUAUUCUUCAUCCUUCAUCAUGUGCGGAUUUCAGAUCCUACAACACCAACCUCAGCAGUCACCACCGAUCAAAGGGAUACACGACCCACCG